AUGAGUAAAAAAAACAAUAAUAAAAUGAAUUCUCUUCAAAUAUCAAAAACUGAAUUUGAUACAAUUAAAUCAAAAGCUGUUGUCAAAUAUUCUUCAGUUCUUCGACCACCUAAUUUUGCUCAUCUUCAAUGUAACACUGAUCUAAAUCUACCUCCUUCAAAUUGGUUAAGCAGUGCAGCUGAAUCUUAUGGCUUACGACACAUGUUAUCUCAUUCAGAUGGAUUUUCUAGUUUUCAAAUGGCUCACAUGUUUCCAGACUGCAUUGGGGAAGUUGAUGUUGUGUCAGAUGCUGAAAAUAUAAAACGACUAUUAAAAAUACCCUACAGUAACAAAUCGGUGAGCAUGAUGGUUCAUAGGAUUGAAAAUACAUUGCUUCUAGACGAAUUUGAUGUUCACAAACAUUUGAUGGUGCAAACAGAGGAUGACUGGGAAUGGCUGAGAAAAUUUUUCUACGGUCAUAUUUUAGAAUCAUUUGAUAGAAAAGAGAAAUGUAUAACACACAAAGUGAACACUUUUGAUGUUAUACAACAAAGAAGUUUGAUCUCAAAGUUCUUACAUUAUAGCAUUGCUGAGUCAUCAAAUUCCAACAAUGAUUACCAAUUACCAAAUAAAAUUUUACCAAGUCCACCUUCUUCAUCAGCUCCUCCUUUACCAGAACCUACGCCAGAAGAAGAAUUCCCCGAUGAUCCUAAAACACAUCGAUUAUUCAACCAAAAUGUUUUAUGGAAUUUUGAAGAUCUGCGAAUGUUACUUGGUACAGAUUUACCAAUUUUUGGAGGUGGCACUUAUCCUUGCAUAAGUCUGAGAUUGAGAGAUAUGUCAAAACCCAUAAGUGUGUUAACUGGGAUUGAUUAUUGGUUAGAUAAUUUGAUGUGCAAUGUUCCUGAAGUUGUAAUGUGUUAUCAUUUAAAUGGCAUUGUUCAAAAGUAUGAGUUAGUAAAAACUGAAGACUUGCCAUAUAUGAAUGAUUCAACAUUUUCACCUAAAGUCAUCAGAGAUGUCGCACAAAAUAUAUUAUCAUUUUUAAAGUCAAAUGCCACAAAAGCUGGACAUACGUACUGGUUAUUCAAAGGGAAAAAUGACGAUGUAGUGAAACUUUACGAUUUGACAUCAUUAUGUUCUGAAUCAUUAGUCGAAGGACGCUGUGAAGGUCAAAAUCCAUUUACUGUUCCUGUCGCUAUGUUGUUAUAUCGCGUUGCUCGGAAUUUAAAGCACAACCCAGAUGUUGGAAUACCAUCUAGUCCAAUUACUAUCCAAAUGUUGCUAAACAAUUGUUUAAAAUUAUUAAAUAAAACAAAGUACCCUCAAAUUGUUACAUCCGUAAACUACAUGUUAUCUGACCUCUAUAUCCCAGUUAAUACCAAUCCCACAUCGCCUAAACUAGAAGAUUUAACUAAUAUUGGUGAAGAUUCUCUCACAUCUCAUGUUGAUUCUGAUGACGAUUCAUCAUUUGGCUCUGAUGAUGAAUCUCCCACCUUUUCUGUUGAUGUACAUGAAUUAUGUUUAUCACACAAAAAAAAAAAAAAACCUACAAAACAUAAGUUUCCUCGAUCAGAACCUGUAGUAAAGACGUUGGAAGAGCGUUGUAAAAAAGCGUUAUAUCAUGUCGGUUGUGGCUUAAGUUGUUUACAGUAUUUUAAGAAUCUUAAUCCACAGUGUACUGAUGAAGAUAAUAUGAAAAAGUUUGGGGAUAAACCUAAAAUGGCAUCAUCAUCCAAUGCAAUUCCUAUGCCAUAUUUUGUUUCUGAAAUGGAUCAACAAAUGAAAGAAGAUGAAAAAGUUGUCAACAAAGGCAUAAAAAAUAAAAACCGCAAACAUAAUAAAGCUAAUAUUGUUGUUGAAAAUGAUGAUGACACUAAAAAUGUUCCUAGCACAUUACUCUGUAAAUCUAUUGCUGAAACUAUGCCCACUUGGCAUAAUCCACCCGAUGCUAAAGACAGUGAUUCAUGGAAACAACACUUACGGGUGUUACUUUAUGAAAAAGCAUGUUUAUCCUAUGCUGCAUUAGCCGAAUAUGAGUUUACUUGUAACAAGUAUGGAAUAGCGUUGAAACACUUUCGAUCUGUAUUUGAAUGUCGUCUAUGUAUUAUUAACAACAACAUCAACGACCUAUUUGGAUUUUUAUUAGGACGUUGUGGUGAUUGCUGUUUGUUGAUUGCUCAAAACUGGGAUAAAGCUCAACAAUACACAGAUGAGUUAAAAACUGAUGAAAAUUAUGAUAUAGAAAUAAGAGAAGCAUUGCAAAGCGAAUGUGACAGUUGCACACAAGAAGAUUUCAAUUUAAUACCACGAUUGUUUGAGUCAAAAGAGGAUAUGUUGAAUGCAGCAGCUAAUUGUUAUGGACGUUCUUUAGAUUUAGAAACAAAUGAAAAAAACAAAAAUAAUCUGAACAGAAGAAUUGGUAAUGUUUACAAUGAAAUCACAUCAGGAUACAUAGACGAAAUUGCAACUGCUUUAAGAGAUAAAAUUGAGUUAACUCCUUCAAGAUUGCAAUGGCUUCUAAAACAAUCCAAACAUUAUUUGUCCAAGGGGAUUGAUAAAUUUGAAAGUACUGAAGAUUUAAUUAAUCUCGCUUUGUUGUAUUCGAACAUGGGCCGCUUAUAUAGACACGUGUCUUAUUAUUCAUCACAAUACAUGGUUUCCUUAGGAGAAUUUUUAAAAGAUGAGGAUUUUACUAACAAGGCUGUCGAAAGCUACAUGAAAGGUCUGGCAGUGCUGGGCUGCCGUCGUUUUAAUCCAAAACUCUGGGACAUGGUUUGUUGGGACUUAUCAACAACUAUUUACAAUAUGGCUAUACAAUCUCAAGAUGAUCCAUCUGUAUUCAGUGAUAGGGUUGAAGCUGAGAAAGAAGUUAUCAGUUUACUCUUGAAAGCUUUAAAAUAUUGUGAUUUGGAAAAUGAUUCGUCUAGAAAAUUGUUGUACGAAUUCCGGGCAGCAUAUAUUCAUGACCGACUAGCAUCUUUAUAUCACCAUCGUUUAAGGUGUUUGGAAGUGGAUAUUCCAAAGUUUAAAAGUACCCUUCAUCAGUGUACAUCUCAUUAUAAUCGUGCAUAUGAAAUGUUUUAUAAAAUGGAUCGUCCAUUGGAGUGUCUUGAAAUACUCAUCAAAAACAUUGCUUUAGAUGAGCUUCAAAUUGACAGUGCAACAAAUUCUCAAUCCAAAGUUAAAUUUAUUAUGUCCAUCACACAAACUUUAGGAAAAUGUAUUUCUAUAUUAAAAAUGUUAGCAGAAAAUAGUAUUGAUGAGGGCAAGGAAAAAUAUUCAGAUGAUCAUAAUGAUAGUCUUGACAAGACAGAUCGGAAUGGUGACGAUGACCAAGAUAGUGAAAUGAAAAAAAAAAAGUUGUUAAAACUUUUAGAAGAAAGAUUACAGCAUAUAUUGAAGUCAAUGAUCAAGCUGGCUAUGGCAAAAUCAUCAAAGUUGACCAAUAAAACAAACGAAUUAAAAACAAUCUAUGGGGAAUUGCUGCGAAAAAGUACUGACGCUGAUGAUUUUUCACAUUUACUCAGAGUUGUAACACAGAUAUCAGAAUUAAGCUUCUAA